AUGAGCAGCACAACUCCCCAAAUGCCACCUGGGCUUUCCUUGCAUCUAGCAAUCGAUCGACCCGAUUUGUGGGACGAAGCUCGUACAGACCCUACCCAUGAACUGUGGAUCUGGUUGCGAGACCCUUGGAAUAACGGAUCCAGCCGAAUGCGGUUUUGGAAGGAGAUAGAAGAGCUGGAUGAGUUGAAACGUUACCAAGCUAUGGUUGUGAGGGACUCUGAUAACGCAGUCGUGGCCACGGCAAACUGCGUUCCGUUCUUCUGUCCAGAGCUGGCAAAGGACUCGACUUCGAGCGAGUGGUUUUCGAGCUUGCCAGAUGGGGGCUGGGAUACGAUACUCGCACGAGGCGUUCGACAGGCGCAGGCGAGAGAAGGAGUCCCCUUGCUGGAUGCACAUCUAUGGACCGAGGGUCAAAGACGUGACUCGCCCGUUGCCUGCUUGCGAGACCUGCCAAAUGCUCUUUCUGGAUUAUAUGUCCAAGUGUCAGAAAGCUACCGGGGUUUGCGUAUUGCCGAUGUCUUGUUGGCCAACUUCAAAGAAUUGGCCAGACGGAACAAUCUGAAGGCCGUGGUUGUGCCCCUUCGACCCACCUUGAAAUGCAAAUACCAGAGUGUUCGCCCGGAACAGUAUUUCUCUUGGGUACAGGGGAAGCCGAAUGAGUCCGGGUUCACGUGGUCAUCCAGUGAAGAUCCUGAUGCUCAGAAUCCAUUGCCAUUUGACCCGUGGCUGCGGAAGCAUAUUCAGAUGGGAGCCCGAGUCGCAAAGAUUGCCCCAGAGAGCUUUCAAAUCGAGGGGACUGCUGCACAAUGGCAGCAGUGGCUUGUACAAGAGAAUGGUCUUCUGAAUGAAACCGUGGGCGAAAAAAAAGGUCAAAUCGCUUUAUCAGGGGAGAAUGUGGAAGGGAAAGCGUUGGACUGGUUUAAUGACACAGUCAAGUGGGAUCCCAAAACACAAACUGGACGAUACUUGGAGGCGGAUAUCUGGGUCGUCCACGAUGUCUAG